UGACGGUGUGACAAACCUGGGUGAACUCACGUUGAUCACGAGACCUUCCAUAUAUGGACGUGUUACUCAACCUGGUGCGGAGAUCUGAGAGAGAGACAACCAAAGCCGCAUCAAGAAGUUUGCUCAGACCACACCUUCUCAUUACGCCAGGAAACAAAUUUAAAUAUAGCCGAGCGAAAGUCUUGAUCUGGGUCAACGCUCAUUCGAUAAAUAUCGGGUCCUCCUUUCAGGUAUGCCAAUCCAUACAACUAACCGAGCCUCUGAAUCAUGCCUUCUACUACUAGCUCAUCUCCCGUUUACGCCAGCGCAGCCUCUCCUGCUUAUGAGUCAUACACCACUUCCGCUUCUUCUUCAUCCUCUUCCGAGAGCAUCAUCUACGGCACCACAUCCUCGUACUCGCCACCGCGCAAGGCAUGGGUAGAUCCCAAGAGCUUGGCCAACUGUGGAGAUGCGUCCCAGAUACAGGGCAAUGUAUCUCCCUACGUCAAGCAACUAAUUCUCAACACAUUUAUUGCGUACGGCGCUGGUGACGAGCACUGUUUUGGUCAUCAUGUUGCCAAAGCAGUCAAGUUCGUCGACAUCAGUGCCCAUGAAAGCCACGAAAAGCAAGGUCGUAUGGAGGCAACCACUAUAUCAGAAAUCGUUGUCUCAAAAAACAUGUUGAAUGGCGCGGGAAUGCUUCAUGGAGGUUGCCUGGCGUUUCUCAUUGACAACACUCCGUUAGUCGCUCUGGGACUCAUACAAAACAUCAAUGGAGUGGGAGUCACUCAGUCGAUGAACAUCAUGUUCCACUCCCCUGCACCAGUUGGAUCGUGUUUGCGUAUCAUCAGUACCUCAAUCGCUAUGGGCGGCCGAAUUAUGAGCGCUCGAUGCGAGGUCAUUAACAAGAAAACAGGCAGUGUAGUUGCCUCUGCAUAUCUCAACAAAAUGCAACCCACCGUUUCAAAGCUUUGA